AUGGCCUACCUCCACCAGUACGACUACAUCUUCGCCAUCUGUCUCCUCUUCUCGGCUCUUGACGCUUACAACAUUGGUGCCAACGAUGUCGCCAACUCGUUCGCCACUUCGGUCUCGUCCAAGUCUCUUACCAUGACUCAGGCCGUCAUCCUCGCCGGUAUCUGCGAGUUCCUUGGCGCUGUCCUUGUCGGUGCCAAGGUCGCCGGCACCAUCAAGAACGGUAUCAUCUCGCUCUCGGCCUUCAAGGGCAACGCCGGCAUUGAGAUGCUCGCCUUCACCUGCGCUCUUGCUUGCUCGGCUACCUGGCUCAUGAUCGCCACGCGCAACUCGUGGCCCGUCUCGACCACCUACUCGCUCGUCUCUGCCCUCGCCGGUGUCGGUGUCGCGCUUAACGGCCCCAAGGCCGUCCAGUGGGGCUGGAACAACGGCAAGGGUCUCGGCACAAUCUUUGCCGGCAUGGCCAUCGCCCCCUCCAUCGCCGCCGGCUUCGGUGCCACCGUCUACCUCCUCACCAAGUACAUUGUCCUUGUCCGCAAGAACGCCAUCAAGUGGGGUCUCGCCGUCGCCCCCGUCUACUUCUUCACCGUGACCGCCGUCCUCACCAUGUCGAUCGUGUACAAGGGCUCGCCUUCGCUCAAGCUCGACAAGCUCCCUAAGACCACGAUCGCCCUCGCCAUCGUGCUCACCUCGCUGGUUGUCGCCAUCCUCUCCACCAUCUUCUGGAUGCCCUACGUCUACUGCAAGGUCGUCCGCAAGGACCACACCCUCAAGUGGUACCACUUCUUCCUCGGCCCUCUCCUCUGGAGCCGCAAGGCCCCCGACGCCCCCGCCGACGCCGACCACCAGUUCGUCCCCGACUACCGCAUCCACACCAACGGCGGCCACGACUCGGCCGCUGCCGCCCCCGCUACCCGCACCUCGUCGAACGGCACUGAGGGCCACCUCGAGUCCGAGGAGAAGGUCAAGGACCUCGAGGCCGGCUCUGCCGACCAGCCCAUCCGCCGCAACGUCCCCCUUGCCGAGGUCGAGCAGAAGGACGUCAAGUACGGCUUCCGUAACCCCGCCCCUCUUGAGGGCCUCUUCAUCCUCCCCUCCAACCUCUGGAAGAUCGUCUCGCAGUGGAUUCCCUACUACCUCACCCGUGGUAUUCUCUUCGACGUUCACGCCGCCCAGGUCGGCCAGGGUGCCGAUGGUGAACGCAUCCACGAAAUGCACGCCUCGGCCACCGUCUACGACAACGAGAUUGAGCACAUGUACUCGUUCCUCCAGGUUCUCACUGCUUGCACCAACUCGUUCGCCCACGGCUCCAACGAUGUCGCCAACGCCGUCGGCCCCUUCGCCGCUGUCUACUACGUCUGGUCGGAGGGUGUCAUCACCCCCAAGGACACCCCUACCCCCACCUGGAUUCUCGCCUUUGGUGGUAUUUGGAUUGUCAUCGGUCUCGCUACCUACGGUUACAACAUCAUGAUGGCCCUCGGCAACCGUCUUACCAUGCACUCGCCCUCGCGUGGUUUCUCGAUGGAGCUCGGCUCGUCCAUCACUGUCCUCCUCGCCUCGCAGUACGGUAUCCCCGUCUCCACCACCAUGUGCAUUGCCGGUUCGACCGCUGGUGUCGGUAUCUGCUCGGGUGGCUUCAAGGCCGUCAACUGGCGCGCGUUCGGCUGGAUUCUUCUCGGUUGGGUUCUCACCGUCCCCAUCGCCGGUACCGCUGCCGGCUGUCUCCUCGCCCUCUUCAUCAACGCCCCUCACUGGUAA